AUUGCUCGUGACUGCUGCUGGCUACUUCAACCCCGUGCUGGCUGCCCGAGUCACUGCCACGGCUCCUGCAAGCUACCUCAGUCACCUCCAAGACUUCUCCAAGCCAGGUCAUAACCUCUACAGGUGUACAGCUCCUUCACAAGCAUGGAGUCAUUCAUCAAGUUGUCUUCGACAGUAAUUUUCCUCUUCAUGUUGACCUCAUGGCCAUUGACGGUAUCGAUUUCCAUGUUAGAUGGACAGGAAGCUUUAAUGGGGAUAUGCAAGAAAGGUGAGAUGAACGCUGAUCCGGAUGAACUCCAGAGUGCCUUUAAGAUGCUCGACGACUUCGACGUGAGUUUAAAGAAGGCUAAGGGUGAUGAGAACUGUAUGAGCAUCUUCGUUAGCAACGACACGUGUACUCUGGACUUCCAGAUCGAGAAGAUAUCUCUCUUAGUACCCAGGUUGAUGGCCCUGGAAUCUAUAGACGACUGCUACUGGCGACAGAUGGCCUACCUCUCUGUGUUGCUCAGCCCGUGCUUCUGCCAGGGUGUCGUGGUCAGUGAAGAAUGUCCACACUACAUGGACUCCAUACCUGAUAUCGUCUCCGCCUUCUGCUAGCUGGGAGAGGCUAGCUGCCGAUGUUGAUUGUGUACCUUGCAAGUGCACAGUGAUGCGUCGUAAGGCAGUAGUAAUGAUAGAUUGUAUUUCCACAGAGUACUUAAGCAGUUUCACGUAUUAAAGUAAUUGUUUGUA